CACUGUACGCUUAUAUAGUUUACAGCUGUUUGAAUAUUUUGUGUUGCUCGUUUUCUGUAAAUAUUUUUGAAAAAUUCGCACGUUAAGCGAAUAAAAUGCAAAUAAGAUGUUUUUAUCCUUUUAUGCAACUCCAAUAAAACAACAAGGAUAUACCAAAUUUGCUGCUCCCUCAAGGCAAACUAUGGUUUGACAAACAACAGUUACUAAAAGAUGAGCGAUCAAGUGAAACAGCUUCGUGACAAGAAGAUGCCCAGAGCGAGCAAAGUGUACAGCUGCCCACAAUGCAGCUACAAAGCCAAUCGCUCUUACAACCUUCAACGGCAUAUGACGAAUCAUUACGAGAAACCUCCAAGAGAACUGCAGCACUUUUGUCAAACCGCUGGUUGCACAUUUGCCACAAUGCGCUGGGACAAUUUGCGUAGACACAUGCAAAGAGUGCACGACGAACCAAAGCACAGAGUUGAGGAUCAACUUGAACUCCAGCCAAACAAUGGGGACAUCGAAAUAGAGCCCGUUACAGAAGUUGCAGAAUUAGCGCCCAGCGAUGAAGAGCUUGCGUCCAUGUUUAUUGAUGUGAUACCAGUUGAACUUGAAGAGGAGCAGCCAUCUCCUAACACUAACCUAAACACGAUUUCGAGCAGCAAGGAAACUCCACAAAAGGUCAAGAAGAAAAUAGGUAGACCAAGAAAAAGGAGCGGCAAAACCAAAUACUACGAAUGCACAACAUGCGAAUAUCGCACCAAUCGAGGCUACAACAUUAAGCGACACAUUGCCAAACAUAUUGCCAAUAAUGGAACUGAACUUUUGUUGCACGUUUGUGUAAUAGCUGGCUGCGGAUUUUCAACGCCACGUUGGGACAAUCUUUGCAGACAUGUUAAAAGGGUUCAUCCUGAAUCUGAAAAGCCUCCAGCUGACAAUUGGUGACGAGUCAAGAAAUAUUAAAGUGCGAUAGAACACAGUUACGAAUCUUUGAGAAAGGAAAAGUAUAAAAUCUACAUUUCAAACUCACUGACAAAAGAAAGCUGUCAUAAAGCUUAAGGGCGGUUCAUCAUGAGUCUAGAAGGCCUCAAUCUGAUAAUUGGUGAACUCGAAAUUAUUGUUAAAUAAAAAAAAUAUAAGAUUGUAAAUAUUGAGUGUGGAAGAAAUAUGUAACUAACAAACUUCAUGUUUUAAGUUGUAAUUGUAUUAAAUUAUUUUUAUCAUAAAAAGUAAGCAAUAUUGAUAAAAUGUGCAUUUAAAAAAAAAUAAAUGAACAGUCAAAAUGAUUUAAUUUUGUUU